UUCUGCUGUGUGAUGUAACCAGUAUGAUUUUCAACAUACAUGAAGCAUUUAGGGCAAACAGGCAAGUUGGGGCCAAAUAGUAGUUUCAUAACUAAAGGUGUUUUCAAGGGAGGAGACAGUGGAAGAGAGUGUCUGACAGGAUAUAAAUACUCUCACAGCAUCAGGGAUCAUCACACUGGCAGCUCCAGCUGGAAGCCAAGAAGAAGAAGAAGAAGAAGGAGAAGAAGACUCGCACACAACUCAGCUCAUCAGCUCACACCUUCACCAGGUUGGAGAAAUGGCCUCUGAUAACAUGAAGGUUGUUGCCCUGGGUCAACCUUUCACCCUAGGAAUGCUCUAUGAUGCUCGGAAAAAUGAGCUUCUCCCAGGUUUGAGACUGUGGGAUGAUGAAACUCUACAAGCAAAUAUAACUGAAACCAGUAAGCCCUUCAGUGAAUUUGAAAUUACCGCAUCUGACACCAUUGAAUCCAGGUCUUCGAUGCUGAAAGUUGAUGCUUCUCUCAAGGCCAGUUUCCUGAGUGGACUGGUUGAAGUUGGAGGAUCUGCCAAGUAUCUGAAUGAUAAGAAACAGUUCAAAAAUCAGAGCAGAGUGACGUGUCAGUACAAAGCUACCACCAACUUCAAGGAGUUGUCAGUGAUUGACCUUAAAGAAAUGAACACCCAGCAGACAGGUAUUAUUGAGAAGGGUUUGGCAACUCAUGUAGUCACAGGCAUCCUGUAUGGGGCAAAUGCUUUCUUUGUGUUUGACAGUGAGAAGUUAGAAGACAGCAGCGUUCAGGACAUCCAGGGCAGCAUGGAAGCUGUGAUAAAGAAGAUCCCCUCAUUUAGUAUUGAGGGCAGAGUUGACAUCAAGCUGACAGAAGAAGAAAAAGAUCUGACCAACAAAUUCUCCUGCAAAUUCUAUGGAGAUUUCAUUCUUGAAAGCAACCCUGCAACAUUUACAGAUGCAGUGAAGACCUACGUAGAACUUCCAAAGCUACUGGGAGGGAAUGGAGACAACAGUGUUCCACUGGAGGUCUGGCUGAUGCCACUGAACUUUUUUCACUCUAAAACUGCUGAGCUGGUGAGUGGGAUCAGCGUUGGACUGGUGAGGAAGGCACAGGAUGCUCUGCAGGAAUUAAGAGAAAUCAGAAUGAGGUGCAAUGAUUCUCUGGUUGACAAAGUGGUGCAGAAUUUUCCACAGAUUCAAGCUGAGUUAACCAGAUUCCAACAGUUGUGUGAGUACUAUGAGUCCAACCUCAAGCAGACCAUGGCAGAGAAAUUCCCCCUCAUCCGUGAAGGUAAAGAAGAUGAGAGCUCGGUAAACCAACUCCUUGAAGACAGACAGAAGUCACCAUUCAGCUAUAAAAAUCUAGACAAGUGGCUGGAUCAGGAAGAGAGAGAAAUCAACAUCAUCAAGUCCUGUGUAGAUACCAUGGAUGGAAUGAAGAUUGUCCAAAGUCAGUCAGAGCUGGACAGAGAGGUUCUUGCUCCAGGUGUAGAGGAGGCCCUGUGCUUUGUUUUCACUUCCCUGGAGACUCCUGACCCUGGUCUUGAUGUGAUGGCAGCCUUCUUGGAGUCACGUGAAGCAGAGAGCACCAGUGAAGACCUGUGGUACUACUCAGGUGAAGCAAUAACCAAAACGAGAGAAGAAGCAGAACGAGUUGGCAGUCUUGCCAAAGGACUGAAGGGCAGCAGCCGAUUUCUUUUCCUGAUAGGAGCCAUUGAUAACAACAAACACAAAGGAGCAACCAUCUACCAUUACAGAAAUGGCAUCCUGGUCACUGAUGACUUCUCAAAGCCCGACCUUCCUCCUGUGAAGAGCAUCACCGACAGUAAAGAUUUGAUUUGGUAUGCCACUGAUCUCACCCUGGAUCCAGACACUGCAUACAACAAACUCAUUCUGUCUCAAGAAAACAAAAAGAUAUCCUUUGGAAACUGGCAGUCGUAUCCUGAUGUCCCAGAGAGGUUUAAUGAACUUCCUCAAGUGUUGUGCAAAGAGGGGUUAACUGGGCGCCAUUACUGGGAGGUGGAGUGGAGCAAUACUUCUAAUGAUUCUGUGUAUGUAUUGUUAGGGUACAAGGGAGUUGAGAGAAAAGGAAAAGGUAAAGGGGCCGAACUUGGAAAUAAUGAUAUGUCGUGGGUUUUUGGCAAAAGAUCAGAUGAAAACACACUUAAGACCUUUCAUAAUGAUAAGGAAAUAAAAUUACCUAUUCCCUCUGGAGGCCUCAAUAGAGUUGGGGUGUUCCUGGACUGCCCUGGUGGCACUAUGUCCUUCUACAAAGUCACCUCUAACAGACUGAGUCACCUCCACACCUACAGCGCCACAUUCACUGAGCCUGUUUACCCAGGCCUGUGGGCUGCACGCGACAACAACUAUGCAGGCUUUUGUUCAUUUGCAUAAGAACAAUGACAAGGAUUUGUUAGAUCCUUGGUCUGUUAUAUGCGCUUACAUUUAAAGUUAAAGAAAAACGUAUCACCCCAUUUUAGCCUCAACAUGUACCACCUACUAAUUAGUAAAAAUGCAUUCAAAUCCAGAGGGAAUGAUAGGAUAAUUAAUGGUGUCAUAAAGUGACUAUACAUGUCGUUAUGUUUGAGUUUGACUUUUAAGCCUUUUUCCCAAACUGACUUUUGCUUCACAACUUCACAGUCAGUUUGAAUUUCUCUCAGCUAUUUUUUAUGGUAAUUUUCUAUCCUAUUGAUGAUUAGCUUCAAUCAAUCACAUCAGUAUGCUGAAAUAAAAAGUCAUAGCUUAGCUGGUUGGGUUGAAUUUAUUAAGCCAGGCAUAAGAUUACCUUAAGUGCAUAUUGAUGAAAUUUGAGUGUUUGCUCCUUUUCUUCUUUGUGCUUUGUGUAUCUUCUUAAAUGACAAGAGGAAUCUUUCAGUUUUUCUCAGGUGUGUACCUUAAAUCUGGCAUCAGUUUAUUAAUUUAAACCACUGCUCACAGCAUUUUGUCAGAAUUUUAAACACACUGCUGAUGUUUACUGACACUGAAACAAAUGUUGGAUAUGUUCACUGUUCUCUUGAGCAGAAUAUUCAAUAAAGUGGAGACCUCAGCUUACCACUGUGUGCUACGUCCUUAUUUCCUGUUGAUUUCAAAGUUGAGUGUCACAAAGGUUUAAAGCUCAAUCCUUUCUGGAACUUGUAAAUCAUAAAUCCAGGACAUAAAGUGACUUUCUCUCUUCACUGUAUCAUAUAAUAUCACAGAGGAAAGUAACAUAUGUUAAGCCUGUACACGAUUUUUAACAGUAUGUUUAUUAGCUUCUCUGAAUUCAGAAAGGGCUGCCAGAUUUAGUAGAACUGAUCUGAUCUGAGUGAUCUGAGCCUUCACUGGUCUGAAGUAGCAAUUCUCAGCAGCAGAUAUCUUGGAGUGAUCUAUAAAGGUCAUCCUGGUAAUAGAAUUCCUUAUCAAUAAGAAGCAAAAUAAGUAAAAAUCAAAACCUCAGGAUCAUUGACAGACUUACUACCAGCCUUCACAUCACUGGUUGUUAUCACAUUGGCACAAUUAUCUCUUAUGUUCUUAUAAUUAUUAAAAAAGUACUUCUUACAAAAUGUAGUGUGCUGUGAGGUGCACAAUCCAGUUUCAGUUUUCAGUAGAGGUCAAGUUUCAAACGUGUAAAUCUCACCAGCAAAUCAUUUUGACUCGACUGAUAUAAGGACUUACAACAGA